GUGUAGCGAAAUGGUUCUAAAAAUUAAAUGUAUUUAAAGAAAGUAUCAAGGAAAUCCGAUCUAUUAGCUACAAAUAAACAUAGAAUGCCUUUAAUAUUUUAUUUUAUAAGAACGGAUGACGUUAUGUCUAUUGUAACGAAACAAAAUUAUGUGGGUAGCGAAUUUUGAGGUGUCAUAUUGUGUAGGAUGUUUCGCAAGGACACUCUUGAAAGUAUAAUAGGUGAACUUUAUCUUGAGAUCUCUAUUUUUAUAAAAUUCCUAAAAAAAUACUUUACAUCGUAUAUCAACAUAUCGUACUGAAUUUACACGAUAAUAUUAAUCUAACUUCCAUAUUUUCUCAGACUAAAAACUGUAUAAAACUUUGUCUAUAUAAUAGAGAAAAAAAACUAAAUCCAUAGUCAAAGAACGUGACAUAGAAGUUCUAUCAAAAUUUCCCAUGAGUUUACUGGUUCUAAAUUUCUGUUCUUUUCUCGAUAAUUAAUUGUGUGAUACACAAACAUCAAUGGCUAAGGCAGACGCGCCCCCGAAACCAAAAAAACCGUAUGAAGAAAUAAGUGCUAUAUUUAAUGGGAACGAGGUAAAAAUACGUGUACCCAAAAGCACGUCGAAGCCGCCAAAGCUGACUCCAUCUCAGUUGAAGCUGCAGCAGAGUUGUACGUGUGACGAAGAAGGUUCUAUAUGCUCGGAGACAUGCGGCAUGAUCAAAGGCGAAGGCAGCUGUCCGGCGAAUAGGCUUGACUUUCAGAUACCAGAUGACAUUUGCGAAUCGCUAACACAUCGAACGGCGUUAAACUCGGAGAUGGUUUACGCGAAGACGGGAACGAAUGAUACUAUGUGUAACAUUUGCAACGUGACGCCUAAGGACGCGCCGAAAGGGGUGCAGGCACAGAAAGUUUUGCAUCCAGAUAAAGAUGUCUUUAUACUGAAGAUUGGGAAGCAAACUGAUGAACCAAAUCGCACUGGAAAUAUAGAGGUGGAGCUUGUAACACCUCGAGCGCCGGCUAAAGCGCAGCCGAAGACACACAACUGCAUACAGAUCCAGUGCGAGGAGGAGGACAUCCCGUGCUGCAUGCCGUGCAGGACCUGUCGGGGAGUCACCCCCAAAAAGAGGAAGCUCAAGAGGCCCCGGUGUUGCCCCUACUAACCCAAACCGCACGAUGAUCAGGGUUGAAUUUACUCAAGACAUUUUCACCCUAGUUGAAUUUAAGCAAGACAUUUCAUCCAGGAUGAAGGAACGGAUUUCAUCCCGGGUGAUUAUUUUCAUGUCUCUCUCACCCAGGUUCUGUUUAAGCCAAGUAUCUCUGUUAUGGUUAAGUAAUUAUAUAUUAAACUGUAUCAAAAUAAUUUCAACUAAAAAGAAUCCAAAUAUAUACACAGGAUUUAGGAAAUAUUAGUAAA